AGUUCUGAGCAACUCCUGGGACUGGUGAUGGCGAAGGGUCCCGCGGCCCAAAGAGCCAUGUGGGACUCCUUUGUGAACAUGCGCCGUGGAGUACCUAAGCUGGACAGGAUACUGAAAGAAGUUGAGGAACACGGUCCGCCAAGCCACGCAUUCGUCACAGAGGUUGUAUUGAAACUGCCCAGCAAACUACAUGGCGUACAAAAGCAACACAAAGAUUCCCUCCGAAGGCUGACCCAGAUAUUCGAAUUGAAGUCUAGCCUGACGAAGGGAAAGGUGAAGCUUUCACAGCUGGGCGACCGAUACACGGAGCUGACUAUCAUUUCCCCGAUCCGCCAGUGGAGGCUGGUGGAGCACGAGCUGCUGGCGCGUGGCAAAGAUCACGAGGAAUGCCGGGAAUCGGAUCUGCGUAGAGAUCUGGAGAGAAUCCGCAUCGGCGAGCUGUUUCAAAGCUGUUUCACUCGGGAGGUCCGCCCGGUGCAGAGGUCAAACGGGCAGGCGGAGAAAUUUCAUUCCGGAUGCUCGGCGGCCGCCUGCGGAGUUCCGGGGAUUGGGAAAACGACCUUGGUGCAGAAAAUAACUCACGACUGGGCCGCCGGAGAUCUGUAUGAACAGUUCCAGUUUGUUUUCAGUUUCAAAUUCCGCGACCUGAACACCAUUAACGGAAAAGUAUCUUUGAAGCAUCUGGUUGUACUUUCAUAUCCUUACCUGGAGAAAAUUCUAGAUGAAAUUUGGAAGAAUCCUACAGUUCUGCUCUUUAUAUUCGACGGAUUUGAUGAAUUCAAGGGCAACAUCGACUUUGAUGAAAGCGGGAGAGGAACGGAGCGUCAACAUAUGUGCCCCGAUCCCGAUAGCCUUGGUGAAGUAUCUGACAUUGUCUACAGUCUAAUCCAGCGCAAACUGCUCCCGGGAUGUUCAGUGUUACUAACCACCCGCCCCACAGCGUUGUAUCUAUUGGAAAAGGCGCAGAUCAACCUCUGGGUUGAGAUUCUUGGAUUUUCUGGUGAGGAACGGAAAGACUACUUCGUCAAGUUUUUUGACAAGGACGAGAAGGUGUCAUCGGCGUUUUUCAAACACAUGGAAGAGAACAAGAUCCUGUACACGAUGAGCUACAACCCCUCUUACUGCUGCAUCCUCGGUCAGGUUUUGGGUCCCUUCUUUAUGCAAGACGAGAAACGUACGUUAAUUCCCAGGACCAUCACCCAGCUGUAUUCCCAUUUUAUUUACAACAUCCUGAAAAGUCAUGUCGCCGACACUGAAAAAUGUAAUGAUUUAUUGUUAAGAGUCGGUCAGAUGGCCUUCUCAGGACUGCACGAGAAGAAGAUUGUGUUUACGGAAGAAGAUUUGAUGAAGCACGAUCUGCAGCCUUCCCAGUUCCUGUCUGGGUUCCUGGUGGAACUUGUAGAGCGAGAUGAUUUUGAUCAGAAAGUUGUGUACACAUUCCCGCACCUCACCAUCCAAGAGUUUGUAGCUGCACUCGCACAAUACCUGACUCCAGAGCCCGGGGAUAUCCUGAAAAUGCUCACUGAAGCCCACAACGAGAGCGAUGGGCGUUUUGAGAUCUUCCUGCGCUUUGUGGUGGGUCUCUCCUCCCCCGGGGCAUCUCGAAUACUGGAUGAGUUUCUGGAUCCUUGCUCUCGCGAAACCGCCUGCCGAGUGAUUGACUGGCUGAAGGAGAAAUUGGAAAGGCGGAUUGGGCUGACGUGGAGCGAACAAGGUAAAAGGAGCUUGUUGAACACACUGCACUACCUGUUUGAGACUCAGAAUUCUGGGCUGGCUCAGACCACGCUGGGCUCUGUGCCGAGACUUGCAUUCGGAGACUCGGACUCCGAGAAGGCAUUGUUACUCACGCCCAUCGACUACGCUGUCCUGUCCCAUGCCAUUCGGCUCUGCCUGUCCAUCAACGAACUGGACCUUCGGAACUGCUCUGUUCAAUGUGAGGGGCUCCUCCAGCUGGAACCUGUCCUGAAUAAGUGCCAAGUGUUGAGGUUGGAAGGAAACAGUCUGGGGGAUUCUGGAGUGGAAAUAUUGUCCAAGGCUCUGACGGAUCCCAAAUCUAAAGUACAAACAGUGGGGCUGGAUAACAACAACCUGACAGAUGCCUGUGCCAAACAUCUCGUGUCUGCAAUCACUAAAAGCCCAUCGUUGACGGAGUUGGAGCUGGGUAAUAACAAUCUCGGAGAUCCCGGAGCAAAACGACUGUUCACAGCUUUCGGAAGACCCGAGUGUAAAAUAAAGAAAGUACGCCUGAAUAACAACAGCCUGACAUCCUCCUGUGCUGAGGAUCUGGCCUCGGCUCUUCGCACAAACCGUUCCCUGACGGAGCUGGACCUGGGUGGCAAUGAACUGGGAGAUUCCGGAGUGCAUCUGCUCUGUACGUCUUUCAUGGACCCGGAGUGUAAAAUACAGACGCUGCGUCUGAACAACAACGGCCUCACGGCUUCUUGUGGCGAAAUUCUCGCGGAGGUUUUCCGUAGAAACGACUCCCUGAAGGAGCUGGACCUUGGACACAAUACUCUGGGAGACUCGGGAAUAAAGCAACUGUCUUCUGCUCUGAGGGAAUCCGACUGCCCAGUGCAGGACCUACGGGUGAACGACAACGGUCUCACCGCCUCUUGUUCCGAGGACCUCGCGUCCGCCCUCCGCGCCACCCCCUCGCUGACCAGGCUGGAGGUGGGCAGCAACAACCUGGGAGAUUCAGGCGUGAAGACGCUCUCUACUGCCCUGAAGGACCCGAACUGUAAAAUGCAGAAACUGUGCCUGAGUAAAAACGGUCUGACCGCCGACUGCGCCAGAGAUCUCACCUCCAUUGUCGCUGCAAGCCCAACGCUGACUGAGCUGGAUCUGGAUCAAAACCAGUUGGGAGAUUCCGGAGUGGAAGUGUUGUCCGAGGCUCUCAGGAAGUCGGACUGCAAUGUCCAGGAGCUGAGUCUGAAUGACAACAGCCUCACCGCCUCUGCAGCCGAGCAUCUGGCCUCGGCUCUCGGCAAUAACCCCUCGUUGACUGCACUCUCGCUGGGCGACAAUAAUCUGGGAGAUUCGGGAGUGAAGCUGCUGUCCGAAGCUCUGAAGACCACAGACUGUAACAUACAGGAAUUACGGCUGAACAACAAUGGUCUCACACCGUCCUGCGCAGAGGAUCUCGCCUCUGCGCUCGUCACAAGCGACACGUUGACGGGACUGUACCUGAAUGACAAUAAUCUUGGAGAUUCCGGGGUGAAAGUGCUGAACGAGGCGCUGAAGCAUCCAGACUGCAAGAUAGAGAAACUGGGACUUGCCGGCACUGGGCUGACUGACUCUGGCUCGGAGGACCUGAUGUCCAACCUCAGCACCAAUCGCAAAAUGAAGGACGUGAACCUGCGGCAUGCUGUAUGAGACCCCGAGAUUCAUUCGUGCAGGCGUUUUCAGUAAAACUAGUCUGUGGCAGAAUCUGUUCAAACAUAUCGGACAGGAACUGCCGCGGCUGCUGCAGGAAUCUGGAUGGUGAUGGUGCAAAUGCUGUGGACCAGCUGCUUGGGGAUUAACGGUUGCCUUGUAUAAAGAAAAGCCUCUGG